UUACUGUAUACCAUGUACAGACAUGCACAAAACUUUUCCUUUAAUGAAAGCACACAAAUUGCUGGAUCAAGCUGAUUUCAGUACACAUAGUAUACAGUCAUCGACACCAUGUUUCCCAACAGAGAAAUGCUCGGUUCAUAAAACCAAACUUUUGGAUAUGUUCUGUAAGAACCAUGAUGAGGUUGUCUGUGACACUUGUGUAGCUAUAAAUCACAGAACAUGCCAGGGUAUAUACUUUAUUCCGAACGAAGUUGACAAUCUAUACAGACAAUCGACUUCUGAUCAAACAAAGAAACAACUCAUUGCAGCUAAGAAGGAUGUACAGUAUAUAAAGAAAAACAAACAACAACUCCUCAGUGACCUAAAGAAGCAAAAGCAGAAAGCAACUGAUUCUAUUACAAACUACAGAAAAGAACUGGAGGCUGAGCUCAAGAGACUUGAAUUUGAAUCACUGAAAGAAGUUGAUGCAAAGUAUAAUAAUAUAGAAAGAGAUCUACGGCGUGAGAUUAAGGAAGCAGAGAAAGAUAUUGAUGACCUGGAACAGUCUGUUGCCAAGCUACAAAAGUCUAAUAGAAAUAAAGCCCAAGAAUUUGUAUGUGUCAAAACCGCUCAGAAAAAAAUUGUAACAGUUAAAAGUUCCACAAGCUCCACUAGAAUACAAACAGAAGUAAAAAUAAGUUUUCCUGCUGAUAUAAAAAUAAAAAACUACCUAAAACAAUUAAAGACAUUAGGACAGGUGUCAACAGCUGAAGCUUACAGGCCAAGAACCACAGUUUACAAAGUGAAAUAUAAAAGGAAUAUUAACAUUAAACUGAAAAAUGAAGAUACAUGUGAUAUAUAUGGAUCCUGUUUUAUUGAUGAUGACUCCUUGCUGCUUGCUGAUCUUAGAAACAGAAAGUUGAAACGUCUGAAUGUUUCUACAGCUACCAUCAUAGAUCAUCUAGAUCUGCCAGCAGCACCUCUUGCUGUAUGUCUAACCAGUAAACAAGAAGCUGCAGUAAGUCUUCGCAACGACACCAUACAGUUUGUAUCACUAGGAAACAAGAUGGCACCAAAAAGGAAGCUGGAGAUGGAUCAUUCCUGUUUUGGUUUGGCCUUCAAUGAUGGGAAAUUUUUCAUAUCUGAUGGAGACGAAACUGUAUAUAUUCAUGAUGAAAAUGGCACCACGUUACAUCAAAUUACAACUGACAAAUCAGGAAACCCAAUUUUCAGUAACAGUAAAAAUAUUAGUGUGAGUACAAACGGAAACCGUGUGUAUGUGGCUGAUAUUCAUACAGGUGUGAUAACUCUAGACAUGAUGGGAAAUUAUUUAUCAACAUUUACUGAUCCUGAUUUAGUUGCUCCUCAGGGAGUAUGUACAGAUAAAAAAGGAAACAUACUGGUCUGUGGGUGGGGAUCAUCAAAUAUUGUCCAGAUAAGUGAAGAUUCAGAAACAAAAUUAGGCAGCAUCAAAAAAGUGGAAUGCCCGUUAUCAGUCUGCUUUGAUCCUCCUCACAACAAACUAGCUGUAACUCAUUAUAGCAGCAAUACUAUAGCAGUAGAUGAGCUGGAGUAAGGUAUAUUAACUGUUGCUGACACCACAACUUGACAUUACAACUAGAAAACUGAAUGAUCCCUUACUUACUUCUGUUGGAUUUCAAAGGUAUAUUAGAUCCAAAUUUCAAAUUUAAAAGUAUAAACAAUUACUUCAUAUAGUGUAUGUAAACAUAAAAUGAACAAGUUUAUGUGUAUUCACAGUACAAUGUACCUGCUAUUUAACAAUUAUUUGAUAUAAAGAGGAUAUUUGUUUUUAUUAGUGUAAGAUCGAAAUAUAUUAUACCGAGUGAACAGUAUAAUGCAAUAUUUUCGCGAGAGGCAUUUUUAAUGGUUUUAACCAAACUAUAAGUCAUACUGACACAAUUCUGGUCAUAUGGUGGCUGUUAAGGUUUUGAUGCUGCAGUUUCAAGCUUUAAUGAUGGAGGAAAAUAUUAGGUGUCCUUCAAGUAUUAUAUCAGGCAUAAGCAGGCCCUGGGUAGAACCACUGAUAUCCUACAAGCCAUCUGGAUGGUUUCCUCACAUGUCGCUCUGCGUACGGUUUGAACUCACAAAGAUGAAUAUUAAAUGGUUCGAAGUCAGUAACCUUAAUCACUCUGAUCUUUCUGAUAUUUAUUAAAGCAUUUCUAAAGUUUUGAUCUUUAGUACAAACAUAAAGGAACUUAUUUCUUAAUAACAUCAGAUACUACAAGAACUUCAGGCGACGGGGUAUUGAAUAGAAAAGAACAGAUAUACAAACAGAUGUCCAAGAUAUUAAGGGUUCAAAUUAGUUUUUAUGAAAUUGUGUAAUUAUGAAUUCCCAACAAUGUUUAUUCAAUAAACUGUUCAACCUCAUUACUUGUAGAACAUGUCUUGUAUUUAAUGUGUUUGUUCUACAUAUCUCCUCAGCCUCAUUUAAGAAUGAUUAUGUUUUGUAUGCAUAUGCUGUAUAAUUUGGUUGUGCAUUAUCAU